UAAACUAAGUACUAAACAGUCUAAACUGUAAACAUUCGCAGUUUCUGAAUUGCACUUGUUUUCAACGUUUCUCUUGUAGUAUCUUUCAAGUAUCUAUCUAUUUAUGUAGUGAAUAGAUAUUCUGAUAAUGUACGUAAUUCAAAUCAUGUUUCCUGAUAUGGGGAUUCCUGAAUCCCUGGAAUUCCUCAGAUUCUCAAUGUGAUCCAUGAUUUACUUUUACUCAGCAGUUUUGUUACCGUUACGUUGACGGAGUCUCUAACUAAAUUUAAGCCAUUAAUUUUCGAGACAUGUCUAUAUCUUCGACCGUGAACGAACUUGCUGGAGCAGUUGCGGAAAACUUGGCAAUUGGAGAUGGAGAUAUUCGUUCUGGCUCAGGAACUGCAGAAUCGGCGCUGGGAUCAAAAUCAGCAGGGGAAACCGAACUUCCUACUUGCGUGCUUGUGUUGGGUAUGGCAGGUUCCGGAAAAACGACGUUUGUUCAGAAAUUAACCGAUAUCCUGAACCAGACUGGCUCACCUCCGUAUUUGGUGAAUUUGGAUCCGGCAGUUCGCAAUGUUCCAUAUCCGGUUAAUAUCGAUAUUCGAGAUACAGUAAAAUACAAGGCUGUGAUGGAAAGGUUCGGCUUGGGCCCUAAUGGUGCGAUUAUGACUUCGUUGAAUCUCUUCACAACAAAAUUCUCCAGCGUUUUGGACUUGCUGGAAAAACGAAAACAUCAAGCGCGGUAUAUGGUUUUUGAUACACCGGGUCAGAUUGAAGUCUUCACAUGGUCUGCAUCUGGGACAAUAAUCACGGAGGCUCUUGCCGAUGUAUUUCCGACAGUUGUCAUUUAUGUGAUGGAUUUGUCGACCAGUACAAGCCCCAUAACUUUCAUGUCCAACAUGUUGUACGCCUGCAGUAUUCUCUACAAGAGCAAACUUCCUUUUUUGAUUGCCUUGAACAAAACUGAUCUCGUGGAUCCCAGCUGUGCCCUUAACUGGAUGACGGAUUUCGAAGCGUUUGAUUUGGCCAUUGAGCAGGAGCCCACGUAUGCUGCCAAUCUGUCGCGAUCCUUAGGUCUAAUUUUGGACGAAUUUUAUAACGCAAUAAAGGCUGUGCCUGUUUCCGCUGCCACUGGUCAAGGUUUUUUGGAGCUUGUUCAAGCACUGGAUGCUGCAAAGCAGGUGUAUAUGACAGAAUACAAGCCAGAACUGCAGAAGAUGAAAGAAGAGCAGCUGCAGCGUAAGGGGAAGAAACACGAGGAUCGAUUUGAAAAGUUAAAACGGGAAGUGGAAGGAAUCUCCGCCGGCUCGCCUAGUGGUGAUUCCGCUUCCAGCCAAGGAUCCAAUAAGGUUACAAUAGGUCCGUUCAGUGAAAUGGAAUCUGAAUCCGAAGCCAUCCGACAAAAUAAUGAGCAAGACGACGUUGCGUUCGAAAAGUUUCUAGAGACAAUCAAAAAGAACAAGGAAACCAUACAAACCGCGGCUCGAAAGCGUGCUGAAAAUGCCGGAGCACUUGAGAAAAUUAACGUCAACAUCAAAUCGCAAAAAUUUUCCCGUGGCACUGAUAACAUGAGACGAACCUGAGCAGGCGUUUUCCCGCAUAAUUUGGCGAUUUCGACGACCACAGGAUCUUCCAGCAAAACAGGAUCGUUCGGGUUGACACUGAAAAGACGAGUCGGCGCGCCCAGUGGUCCAUACGCGGUUAGUGUUAUUCCAUGCUGCUUGCAAAAGUCGAACAGCGGUUUUUGCAUAAAAUACGCAUGGCAUUCCACCUGCAUUCACAACCCAUAACCCCGAUUUUUUCAAAACCGUUAAAAUUUUGUUCCUAU